AUGCGUCAAAGGCGGCAGUUUAAAUUUCAUGACAAGGGUGAGUUUGAAAACUUGGCCAAUCGCCUUCGGGCGAAGACCAGGUUGGAAAAGCUGCAGCAGGAAAUUUCACAGUCAGCUAAGAAAACUGGCAUAUCUUCUGCGGUGAAGCUGGCAAUGGUUGCGCCGCAAGUGGCCGAAGCGGCGGACGCCGAAGUACCUGGCAUCGAGUGGUGGGACUCGGUGAUUUUGCCUGGCGAAAGCUAUGACGUCGAUGUAAAUGCGAUCAAGUUCGACAUGAUCAACAGUUUAGUUGAGCAUCCUAUCCAGUUAAAACCUCCAGGUGAAUUUCAUGACAAAAAGUUUUUGAAAGUCUAUUUGACUAAAAAGGAACAGAAAAAACUGCGUCGUCAGAAUCGAAAAGAGAUGCAGCGAGAAAAGCAGGAAAAGAUUCGCCUUGGCUUGGAGCCGCCACCGGAGCCUAAAGUUAAGAUCAGCAACCUGAUGCGCGUUCUCGGCAGUCAAGCUGUACAGGACCCGACUAAAAUGGAAGCUCACGUUCGUGAGCAGAUGGCGAAGCGACUAAAAAAGCACGAGGAAACAAAUCUGGCCAGAAAGUUGACGCCAGAACAACGGGCUGCGAAGAAGGCCAGAAAGCUGCAAGAGGAUACGUCCGGCGGUGUGUAUGUGGCAGUGUACAGAGUGACCGAUUUGUCGCAUCCAGCGAAGAAGUUCAAAGUCGAAAUGAACGCCAAACAGAUAUACCUUACGGGCACUGUCGUGCUGCACAAGGACAUCAAUUUGAUAGUCGUGGAAGGAGGUAAAUGA